AUGCUUUCAGUGGCGUCCAAUCGUUACACACCGUUCUACUACGACGAGGCGCCCUCGAACGAUCCGUUUCGCUCACUUCCACCGUCCUCACCGUUCACUUCCUAUUGGCAACAGCAACAGGAACGCAGGCCUAUUAUUGGUGCAAAUUGCUAUAAACAUAGGUGUGUUUUACGNAUCACAGCUCUUCAUACAGUGAAUUUGAUCGGCGUUCUAGGUUGA